AUGACACAUUUUCACCUCUCUCCCACUCGAAACAAGUUGGUAGCAGUUGGCUGUGAUACAUCUGGAAUACUCGGAGUAAUUGAUUCUGAAGGAAACAACUACACCUCUGGAUGUUUGGCUUGGUGCAACAGGCACGCUGAUCUCGUUGCCAAUGAGUCUUGUUCUGGUCCUGGUUGUUGCCAGAUUUCGGUACCCCAAGGUCGUGUGUUAACGGAAGUAUUCUAUUUUCCUCUUAGCUCGUCGAGUCACUCAGCAGUAUAUGACUUCAAUCCGUGUGGUUAUGUUUUUAUUGUUGAAAAUGGAGACUACAUUUUCGCAACCACAGACCUCCCCAAGCUAAAGAAGAAGAACUUUCCUGUGUUGUUGGACUGGGCAGUAGGAAACCAAACCUGUCAGCAAGCUCAGAAGGAUCUUUCAAGUAAGUAUGCUUGUAAGGCAGACAGAAGUAUAUGUUACGAUGCAGAAACCAUCAAAUCUGGUUACCUUUGCAAAUGCUUUGAUGGAUAUAGGGGAAAUCCUUACCUCAUUCAUGGUUGCGAAGAUAUUAAUGAAUGCACGGAGUCUAAUGACUGUGUUCAAGAGGCAACAUGCGACAAUCUUCCUGGAAGCUACCAUUGUUUAUGCCCGAAAGGACAUGAGGGAGACGGAAAGAUGAAUGGCACAAAAUGCAAUCCAAAAUCAAGGAAAGAUAUCAUCUAUAUCAUUGCAUUGAGUGUCUGCGUAGGCCUCGUAGCACUACUGGUUGGAAGCAAUUAUGCUUAUUUGGCAUUGAAACAAAGAAAGCUUGAUAAACUUAAAGAACAAUUUUUUCAACAAAAUGGUGGCUUACUGUUGCAACAAAAGAUAGGAAGGCAUGAAAGGUCAACCGAAACACCCAGAGUGUUCACUAUUGAGGAGCUAAAUGAAGCAACUAACAAUUUUGAUGAAGGAAAGAUUCUAGGCAAAGGUUCUCAGGGAACAGUUUACAAAGGAGUUUUACAAGAUAAAAGUAUUGUAGCAAUAAAAAAGUCCAAAAUCAAUGACCAAAACCAGAUUGAGCCAUUCAUCAAUGAAGUGGUCGUUCUUUCUCAAAUCAACCAUAGAAAUGUGGUAAGAAUUUUGGGUUGUUGUUUAGAGACAGAAGUUCCAUUGCUUGUUUAUGAAUUCAUUCCCAAUGGAACUGUUUACGAUCAUCUUCAUGAUCAAAACCAAUCUAUAAAGCUGACAUGGAAAACAAGGUUAAGAAUAGCAAAAGAAACUGCUGGAGUCCUGGCAUACUUACAUUCUGCUGCUUCUACUCCAAUCAUUCAUAGAGAUAUAAAAUCUACAAACAUCCUCCUCGAUGUCAAUCUCAUUGCAAAGGUUUCUGAUUUUGGAGCAUCAAAGAUUGUUCCUCUUGAUCACAGUCUGAUAACCACUCUAGUGCAAGGGACAUUGGGGUAUCUCGACCCAGAAUACUUGCAAACUAGCGUGUUAACGGAGAAGAGUGAUGUCUACAGCUUUGGGGUUGUCCUAGCAGAGCUACUGACAGGAAAGAAAGCACUAUGUUAUAGCAGACCAGUGGUAGAAAGAAGCCUUGCGAUGUACUUUGUUUCUUCAAUGAAAGAAGAUCGGUUAGUUCAUAUUCUGGACAGCAACAUCGAUGCGGGAAAUGUUGAGCAUCUAAAGGAAGUUGCCCUAAUUGCAGAAAGGUGUUUAAGGGUGAACAGUGAGGAAAGACCAUCCAUGAAAGAAGUGGCAAUGGAACUGGAAGGAAUAUUAGUUAUUGAAGAGUAG